AGGAAGCUCAUUCACUAGGUGGUUAACAUACAAGGCAGAGAAGCAGCACCACCAGCAUCAAAAGACAACAUGCCUCCAGAAGAAAAACCAAGAGCUACGACCGCUAAAAGGGCUAUCAAAAAGCUCCGAACUGCCAGCCUUGUCAUCAGCUUAGCACGAGGGUGGCAGCAGUGGGCAAAUGAUCACAACACAAAGCAAGCUCAGGAGCCCUCAGGGUGGGUGCCCAAUGCAGAAGAAAAAACAACUGAUCCACCAAAAAAAAGAUUGUCCCCAAGAUGGCCAGUUUCUGCUAAGAAAGGCCAAGGGAAGGCUGAGGAAGAAUCCCAAACAAAGGAGUCAGUGACAAAAGGGGAUGCUGAAAAAGAUUCAAGUGAAUCUGAUGAGGCUCUGAGGAAGCUCAACAUUAAAAGCAAAGAAGUGACCAAAACAGUUGUAAGUAAACUCUAUGAAAAAGGGAAUGACAUUAGCCUCCUCAGUAAUAGGUAUGAGAAAGAUAAUGAGAGCUCUGAAACAGGCUGGUACAAGGAGGAACUGAGUGCUAUCGAUAAAACCCUCGCUGGCAAAAUGUCUCCUACAAGAAGGAGAAAGUGCUCAAAUCUGGUGUCAGAACUGACCAAGGGCUGGAGACUGAUGGAACAAGAUGACAAAGUUCAAGAGUCAGAGCUGCAGAAGUGCCGAAAUGACAGCAUAGAUACAGAAGACAGUGGCUACUGGGGGGAAGCAGAGGAUCAGCUUGAGCAAGAAGACAGUGACCAGGAAAAGGUGACCACUGUGAGAAUUAAAAGACCCAUGGCAUCACUUGCAAGCAGGUUCACAGAAGAACUUAGUAACAAAGCCCACAGGAAAUACAGACCUGUUAACAAUCUGAAGUGCAGAUGGCAAGAUUGGGCAGACGAGCAUGUGAUAAUGCAAAAGCUGAAUCCAUUCAGUGAGGAAUUCGACUAUCAACUGGCCAUGUCCACACGUCUUCACAAAGGAGAUGAGGGCUAUGGUUACCCAAAAGAAGGAACUAAAACAGCUGAAAGGGCCAGGAGAGCGGAAGCCCAUAUUCACCGGGAGAUGAGAGACAUGUGCUUUAUUAUUGCAUCAAUGGCUGAGCCAAAGCGUGAUGGCAAGAUUCAGGUCACCUUUGGGGAACUCUUUGAGAGAUACGUCCGUAUUUCAGAUAAGGUUGUUGGCAUUCUCAUGAGAGCUAGAAAGCAUGGUCUGGUGGACUUUGAGGGAGAAAUGCUAUGGCAAGGCAGAGAUGAUGAUGUCAUUAUUACUUUACUGGCAUAACGAGAAAAUUCACCAUCAUGGUACAACUUGAAAUGUGUCAGUUUUUUCUCAGUGCCAGAGAAAAUGUACUAUGUAGUUGAAAAGAUGCAGAAAAGAUAUACAAUAAUGCUGCUUUACAUUCACACAAAAUUACUUCCUGUUACAGCAAGCUCCUGGUGUUCUCUUUGUACCAACAGGUUGUGCAGGAUUACAAAGUUAUUAGCUAAAAAACUGUAAUACUUGUAUUAAAUUUACCAGAAUAACUGAAAGAACAGAAUUGACAGAGGCAGCUCCAGAUCAUUUCCAAAUCUGAUUUGCUUUCACGUACAAGAUCCUGUAGGUGAAAUGCAUUUAAUUCUCAUGCUGGAUCAGAAGUGUACUGAGGACAGAACUUUGACCAGUCUUGUGAUCUAUAAAACUGACCGUUCAGUCCCGUUUCCAGACUUUACAAUUAAGAAAGUAAAACCCCCCCAGCUGUUUAAGUAAGUGCCUGCAAAUGGAGUUUGAUUGAACCGGUCAUUAGCAUUUACUGUUACAGCAACCACAUUUAUUUCCUGUUCUAAAUAUAGCCAAAUGCUACAGCAGAUAAUGAUGUGGCCACUACUGAGAGAGGCUGAAGUUUUAAUGGUGGGGUCUGUAUUUGUGAAGCUUUCCCUUACAUUUCAUACACAAACUAUGGUAAAAUAGUUUUGUUUUGUGACUUUUUACAAAAAGGGCUGUAUAUUUAAAUUGCUAAGUAUUUAUUAGACUGCUCUAUAUUUAUAUUUAUAACUUGGAGAAAUGGAUGGAAUGGAGGUUUACAUCCCUUACAGAAAAAUACUGUACACAAGAUUUAAACAGAUAGUAAACACUAACACAAGAUUUAUUGCAGUACAUUAGACAGAAAAUAAUUUAUAUUCAGUAGGUCUACAGAAAUAUAGGGGGAUUAAAUGUGCCUAAUAUUAGGAACAAAGUAUGGUUUUUGUAUCAUUAGUCACAGAGAGCCAAGAAGGUGCUAGGAACCUUUUCUGGUAGAAAUGGCUUCAGUGGUCCAGGAAGACGGAAGCAAUGCUCGUCUAACUAUACAACCAGAAUACAUUAUCAGUCUACCAUCUAAACUGGCAUUUCACAUUAUGCACUACAAUUAUUUUCACAUUAGAUUAUUCCAGUGAAAUCAGCGGUAAAACUUUAGCACAAUCAGUGCUCAAGGAGAGUUAAGAUUGUAGAGCUGAGCCCUGUAUGUCUUAAGGAAAUUUUUAUUCUCAAAAUUGUGUUUUUAUAUUGUGUAGUUUAUAGACUAUAUUCUACUUCGCUAUAGUAUUGGGAUAUAAAUUUGUAUAUUAAGUUUACUGGAUAAUUUUGAUUACAUAUUGUCUGAAGUAUACAAAUUUCACUGUAGACAUUAGAUAUCAGGAUAAAGUGUCUGUUUCGGAAGAAAAAAGUUUGGGAAAAUAAUUUACAUGCAGUUAAGAAUGAGGAGAAAUGGAAUGGCUUUCUUUAAUAAUUUCUUUCAAACUGAAAGGUCAAACAUCUUCUUACAGAAGAAAUGGGCAUCAAAACAUUUUGUCUCAAUAGACUAAAACAAAAGCUGCUACAUUAUUGUUAAGAUACUCUAGUUUAAACUUCCAAGGGGGCAUAUAUAUUAUUUUGCAUGCAAAUGAAACAGACCUCAGAUGCUGUUAGGCAAAUAAUUCAUAAACCAAAUAAUAUGCUCCUAUAGUAAAUCUUGUUCAAAAUGAUAUUACAUUGUAAUUACAGCAGCCUAUUGUAAAUUUAGCAAAGAUGCAAAUUUGAAUUAAUUUACAAGCCUGUUCAAUAGCCCAUUGAGUCCACUGGGACUACUUGUCAAAAAAAAA